AUGUUCAGGUUUCUACCCUUGCCAGAUGGAGCGCUCUCCCUGGUAGCCGCCACUGCAUUUUGUGCAGAGUACUUGCUGUUCUACUUCCACUCAACAACACACAAGGGCCUCGAAGGGUACUAUCAUCUCAUCCUCGUACUCCUGAUAGGACUAUGCGUGGUCUCCUCUAUGGCUGGGGCACUCCUCCCGGCAAGCUUUCCAGUCGACUUGACUAAUGGUAUUGCCAUGACUCUCCAAGGCCUAUGGUUCUACCAGACAGCCUUCAGUCUCUAUGGCCCAAUGAUGCCAAAUGGUUGUCAGCUCGAAGGAGAUCGAAUCGUUUGUGGAUCAACUGUCAGCCGCGUUCGUGGCGAGCUGCUGGCUAACGUUCAGUUAUUCUCCUUGGUACUUGGGGUGCUUGUUGCUGUCGUGGUAUCAUAUGGUUAUGCAGCUUCCAGAUAUGGCCGCGGGGAACUUGGCCGGUAA